AUGUCGAUCCACCGCUCAAAAACAUGGACCAACAUCCCGGACAGCAUAUCCAUAUCACAGUUGAUGCAACACAAUGUUGAGAACACGCCUCCCGAUAAAGUCAUCUACGAAGAGGCCCUUACGGGGAGAACCGCAACAUACGGGUCAUUUCAUCGCCAGAUUCGUCGAACCGCUUUUAGUCUACGCCACGAUCUAUCCAUCCAACCAGGAGAUAUUGUGUCAAUCUCUGGAUCCAGCUCCAUCGAGUAUAUUCUGACUGCUCAUGCUGUCUGGUGGAUCGGUGGAAUUGUGAGCCCAAUCAACAACAGUCUCCAUCCAGAUGAGUUAUCUCGGGCUAUCGAUCUCGUCAAGCCGAGAUGCCUAGUGAUUGACAAGACUCUCUACGAAAAAAUUCCUGUUAUCAUGAGGACCUCCAGCCACUGCCAAUCCUCCAGCACAUUCAAGGUAUUCACGAUGGGAGAACCAACCGGCGCGAAAUGGCCACCCUUCCCAAUCAACUACUCGCCCUCCAUCGAUGAAGAACCCGAGCUGCGGGAUCCUAUCCGACCCCAAACCUUCAAUUCUAAGAAAGCCUGCGCAGCGAUCCUACUUUCUAGUGGAACAACCGGCAUGUCAAAAGCAGUCAUGCUCUCGCACUACAACCUUAUCGCUGCCUGCUUCCAGCUCCGAGAGGAUAAUCCGCAGAACUGGCGUGGAAGUCAAAGAGAGAUAUUUUUCCCGCCCUUAUCACAUGUCUAUGCGCUAUACGUCUGCUUCACCAUGGGUCUUUGGCUGGGCGCAUAUGUCUGUCUGAUGCCACGGUUCGACCUGGAGCUCUACUGUCGUCUGCUCAACGACAGGAAAGCCACGCUCGCGAGAGUAGUGCCUUCCAUUGCGAGGAUGUUGGCUGAGGACCCUGUUGUGCGUCGGUAUAAGUAUCAAUCCUUGGAGUAUUUUAGUUGCUCUGCUGCGCCGUUACAUGAAGAAACGGCGACAAAACUUAGCAAGGUUUUUCCAGGGGUUGUCUUGUGUCAGAGUAAGUUGGAAGACCUUGGGAUUGUAAUGGGCACUUGGAUACUAAUGAGGUAUUCGCAGCGUACGGAUGUACUGAGCUAUCUGGACCAUGUGUCCAAAGUGGACGAGAUCCGAUUCUUGGAUCUUGAUGGUAAAGACGUCGGGGCACGUGGGCCUGGUGAAAUUGCCUGCAGAGCACCAAAUGUUAUGAUGGGCUACAAAGACAAUCCAGAAGAGACAGCAAAUGCCAUGUUCGAAGAUGGAUGGCUCCGCACCGGAGACUUGGGAUACAUGGACGAGAAGGGAUACCUGUACAUCUAUGAUCGUUUGAAAGAAAUGGUCAAGUAUAAGGGAUUUCAGGUUUCGCCAUCUGAGUUGGAGAACGUAAUAAUUCAGCAUCCAUUGGUACACGAGGCUGCUGUAAUCGGCGCCUGGAGCUCCAAGGAAGAUACGGAGAUUCCUCGAGCGUUUGUGGUAUUGAAGAAUGCUCAAGGUAACGCUCAAGAGACUGCGAAGGAUAUCUCGGAUUUUGUCUCAACCAAGGUUUCUAACUACAAGAGAUUGAGAGGAGGUGUGGUUAUAAUUGAUGCAUUGCCAAGGAAUCCUACCGGCAAGGUGCUCAAGAAGGUAUUGAAAGAAUAUAGGGGCAAACCACAUGAUGAAGUCCAAAGGCCAGUUUCCAAGCUGUGA